UGUCCUCAGCGCGCCUGCUCGCCGCAGACGCUCCCCUGCCCUGCUCUCGCGGCCGCUGCUGCUGCCGCUGCUGCUGCUGCACUGACGGCCGUCGCCCGCGCUUCAGAGUUACUGAUUUGUACUUGAGACAUCUCCGCUGUCAUCUGUACUCAUGGAUGAACUUCAGGAUGUUCAGCUCACAGAGAUCAAACCACUUCUAAAUGAUAAGGAACAUGAUAUAGAAACAACUCAUGGUAUGGUCCAUGUCACUAUAAGAGGCUUACCGAAGGGAAACAGACCAGUUAUCUUAACGUAUCAUGACAUUGGACUCAAUCAUAAAUCCUGUUUCAACACAUUCUUCAACUUUGAGGAUAUGCAGGAGAUCACUCAGCACUUUGCUGUGUGUCAUGUGGAUGCCCCAGGCCAGCAAGAAGGAGCACCUUCUUUCCCAACUGGGUACCAGUACCCUACAAUGGAUGAGCUGGCUGAAAUGCUGCCUCCUGUUCUCACCCACCUAAGUCUGAAGAGCAUCAUUGGGAUUGGAGUUGGAGCUGGUGCUUACAUCCUCAGCAGAUUUGCACUCAAUCAUCCAGAGCUCGUGGAAGGCCUUGUACUCAUUAACAUUGACCCAUGCGCUAAAGGUUGGAUUGACUGGGCAGCUUCCAAACUCUCUGGCUUGACAACCAAUGUUGUGGACAUUAUUUUGGCUCAUCAUUUUGGGCAGGAAGAACUGCAGGCCAACUUGGACUUAAUUCAAACCUACAGACUGCAUAUUGCCCAAGAUAUCAACCAAGAAAAUCUACAGCUCUUCCUGGGUUCUUAUAAUGGACGCAGAGACUUGGAAAUUGAAAGACCCAUUCUAGGCCAAAAUGAUAACAGAUUAAAAACAUUAAAGUGUUCUACUUUACUGGUGGUGGGGGACAAUUCACCUGCUGUUGAGGCUGUGGUUGAAUGUAAUUCUCGCCUCAACCCUAUAAAUACAACUUUGCUAAAGAUGGCGGACUGUGGGGGACUGCCCCAAGUAGUUCAGCCUGGGAAGCUCACCGAAGCCUUCAAGUACUUUUUGCAGGGAAUGGGCUACAUACCAUCUGCUGGCAUGACCCGGCUCGCCCGAUCACGAACCCACUCAACCUCGAGUAGCAUCGGCUCUGGAGAAAGUCCCUUCAGCCGGUCUGUCACCAGCAAUCAUUCAGAUGGAACUCAAGAAUCCUGUGAGUCCCCUGAUGCCCUGGACAGACAUCAUAUGAUGGAGGUGUCCUGCUAAGCAGUUGCUCCUCCCGGGACCAUGCAAAUCCAUUCUCCUUCAGACUACCACUCCAUACCACAUGUCAUCCGUAAACUGGCCUUCACUGUCUUUAACUCAUGCAUGGCCACUGAACCUUUCCCUAGUAGCCUGGAUUUAUCAUCCUCCGCUCACCCACCCUUUUUUGUAUGUACCGAGAACCUCAUCCAUGCCAUUACUGUAACAUUCCAACAUCUUUAAUUGACUAAUUUCCGUAUCUUCUCUUGCCAGCUUUUUUCUGUGCUCCCUCAACUAUGUAUCUGAUAAGAUUCUUGAUCCCCAACUCAGUGUGUAUGCGAGCACAUGUGUCUGUGUUUGUGUGUGCAUAGUUCUGUAAUUUUAGACAUGCUUUCUUGUAGUGCUUCUGCAGGGGGAAAAAAAGGGACUUUUUUUGCAUUCUCAAUGAUGUUUUUUAAGGGAAAGGUGCAGAACAGAUAUCUAGGUGGGAUAGGCCACUAGAUUCUCUUUGGUUCCAAAUCGGUCAAUAAGACUUGCAGAAUGAUUUCUAGAGAGAGCAACUCUGAGGAAUGUGAGAAACUGCAAUGACUCUCUGGACUAUUGAUUGAUCUGACCAUUAGCAGGGUUGGCUUUACAUAGAGAGGUAGGCGGGAGGCCAGCUACCUCCUUCUUUCCAAAUGGCUUCACACAGCCUAUAGCAUGAAUAAAAGGGGAGGACUA